AUGGCGGCUCUGACGAAAGUGCCGAGGGUUAAGUUGGGUUCUCAGGGCUUGGAAGUUUCGAAACAGGGGUUGGGAUGCAUGGGGAUGUCCUCCAAUUACGGCCUGCCUAAGCCGGAGCCGGAGAUGAUCCAGCUCAUCCACCAUGCCAUUAACUCCGGCGUCACAUUCCUUGAUACCUCCGACGUCUACGGGCCCCACACCAACGAACUCCUGAUCGGAAAGGCUUUACAAGGAGGCUGGAGAGAAAAGGUUCAGAUUGCUUCUAAGUUUGGAAUUAGUUUUCCGGAUGGGAAAAUGACUAUCCGUGGUGAUCCUGAGUAUGUGCGUGCUUGUUGUGAGGCCAGUCUGAAACGGCUUGGUAUUGAUUACAUUGAUCUUUAUUACGUCCAUCGCAUUGAUACUCACACGCCUAUUGAAGUCACGGUUGGAGAAAUGAAGAAGUUGGUUGAAGAGGGUAAAGUUAAGUACAUUGGUCUAUCUGAAGCCAAUGCUUCGACAAUUAGGAGGGCUCAUGCAGUUCAUCCAAUUACCGCUGUACAGAAUGAGUGGUCAUUGUGGUCUAGAGAUUUGGAGGAUGAAAUUGUUCCAACUUGCAGGGAGCUUGGCAUUGGGAUUGUCCCUUACAGCCCUCUAGGCAGGGGAUUCUUUUCAACGGGGCCCAAAGUGAUGGAGAACUUGACAGAGAAUGACUCUCGCAAGAAUUUCCCAAGAUUGAAACCUGAAAAUCUAGAGCAUAACAAACAAGUGUAUGAACGCGUUUCAGCAAUGGCAGCAAGGAAAGGAUGCACCACAGCACAACUGGCUUUGGCUUGGGUCCAUCACCAAGGAGAUGAUGUGGUUCCCAUCCCGGGUACCACCAAGAUUGAGAACUUCAAUCAGAAUCUCGGUGCUUUGUCUGUGAAAUUAACACCAGAAGAGAUGGCUGAACUCGAGUCCUAUGCUUCCCUUGAUGUGGUGAAGGGUGAGAGACACGCCUUUAUGCAUUUCACAUGGGUCAACUCUGACACUCCACCUCUAUCUUCUUGGAAAGCUGCAUAA